UUACUGAACCAUUACCUCUUCUCAACGCUCAUCUUCUUUCCCAAAUGUCGCACCAAAUAUAUCCACCCUAUAGACCUAUAACACUUCCAAAAAGCAAAACACCGUGUAAAACACCCAACACCAAAUACUAGCUCCAUUAACGCUUAGCUUCCCUCCCUCCCAAUUUACAACCAAUCUCAAAAUUCAUUCCUCCCAAACUAGCCAAUAAAAAGUCAUGAAACCUGAAAGCCAAAUCAUGUCACCCUUUAACAUAGAAAAUAAAGAUUUCAAAGAUUAAGCCCAACCAAAAAUCAAUUAACAUCACAAACCCAAAGUAUUUUUCGUGAUAUCUUUCAGAGAUAUGAUUUCGAGUCUGCAUAUCGAAAAAUCACAUAUCUCACCAAAACCCAAACUUGCCCAGUAGACCAUUGCCUCUUCUCCACACUCAUCUCCCUUCCCAAAGUCUCGGCAAGUAAACCCUAAAUCCACCUCCAAGAACCACCGACCCCGAGUAGAACACUCAGCAUAGAGUGCCAACUCCGUUAAUCCCCUCCCCUGAUUCACAACCAAUCCUCAAAUCCAAUCCUUCCAAAUCGGCCAGUCAAAAACCACAAAAUCCCAAAACCAAAUCACAAUACCCUUUUUAACAUAGAAAGUGUAGAUUUCGAAGAUUAAACCAUACUCCACCAUGAGUGUAAUCUUCUUACAUUCCUUCUAUAUAACGGCUAGUACAAAGUAUAAAGAAACAAAAUACAAUUCAAUUAAUCAAUCAAACACACCAAAAAAGAUUCCUCAAACUACUCCCACACGGUUCCAACCCACCGGCCUAUUUCUUAUUUCUUCCUUUUUGGUCCGCCCAAUCUUUAUUCUAUUUAAUUUUAUAAAAAUCUUAUAUUUUUGUUAGCAAUAAUUUAUAUUUUGCUUCAAAUAAAAUCCUUUAAUUUGUAUUUGUACAUCUGUCUUCAUUUCUUGUUUCUUCUUCCUCUUUCUCCCACCUCACCCAAAAAUACAGUGAACCAGAAAAAUCAAAAUUAAUUUUCCAAAUUAAAAUUCAAAUUGUUUACCAUUUUCUCUCUCCUUGGCCAAAACCCAGGUAAGGCACAUGCACCGCCCCCUGGCCACUUUGUACGAUUGCAAGGACAUUCUCGAGACGAUUUAAGUUUGAGAAGGCCAACAUCGAGAAUGCGGCGGUGGCUUUGUUGUACUUGCCAUGUUGAAGAGUCUUACCCAUCAAAUGAUGAACCCCUUAAAAGCCCACGGAACAAUGCGGAAAGAGCUGUAAGGAACCAAAAGCCAACAGCACCUGUAAAGGAAGAUGUGCAGAAGUCAACACCACCACCAAUUGAAGUGCCUAUCUUGUCUUUGGAUGAGCUAAAGGAAAAAACUGAUAACUUUGGAUCCAAAGCAUUAAUUGGCGAAGGUUCCUAUGGAAGAGUGUAUUAUGCUACUUUGGAGAAUGAGAAGGCAGUGGCUGUGAAAAAACUUGAUGUUUCCCAAGAACCAGAGUCCAAUGUGGAGUUUUUGACACAGGUUUCUAGAGUAUCAAGGUUGAAACAUGAAAACAUUGUUGAGUUGCAAGGCUACUGUGUAGAGGGAAACAUGCGGGUGUUAACUUACGAGUUUGCUACCAUGGGAUCCUUGCAUGAUAUCUUGCAUGGAAGGAAAGGUGUGCAAGGUGCUCAACCUGGUCCAGUGCUCGACUGGAUGCAGCGAGUUAGAAUUGCUGUUGAUGCUGCAAGGGGAUUGGAAUACCUUCAUGAGAAGAUUCAACCUGCUAUUAUUCACAGAGAUAUUAGAUCUAGUAAUGUUCUCUUGUUUGAAGAUUUCAAAGCCAAGAUUGCAGAUUUUAAUCUUUCAAAUCAGGCUCCUGAUAUGGCUGCCCGUCUUCAUUCCACCAGGGUUUUGGGCACCUUUGGAUAUCAUGCACCAGAGUAUGCAAUGACUGGACAGUUGACGCAAAAGAGUGAUGUGUACAGUUUUGGUGUGGUUCUUUUGGAGCUUUUAACUGGCCGCAAACCCGUUGAUCAUACUAUGCCUCGUGGUCAGCAAAGUCUGGUUACUUGGGCAACUCCAAGGCUUAGUGAAGAUAAAGUUAAGCAGUGUGUUGACCCCAGAUUGAAGGAUUACCCUGCAAAAGGAGUUGCUAAGUUGGCUGCUGUGGCAGCUCUUUGUGUUCAAUAUGAAGGUGAAUUUAGGCCAAACAUGAGCAUCGUUGUCAAAGCACUCCAGCCAUUACUAAAGCCACCAGCUGCUGCACCAGUUUCAGCUCCGGAGGCAACUUAAUAGGGAGAAUAUUUACUGUCAAAUUAAUUCAUUGCGUUGAUUGUGUUAGAAAAAUUCUUCAACUGUUUGGUUUCUCCUGUUCCUGGACUAUUGGCAGGCUUUUGUUCAUCAGCAUAUAUAUCCCGAUUUUUUUUAUUCGUUCCUGAGUUUGGGAAAAAAAAAAAAGUUGAUGUUUUGAAAAUCCGUUGCGAGUCUUUUUUGUGCUUUUACGGAUUACUCGACUAUUUGUAUGAGAAGAAUAGAUAAAAUAUGUGAUCAAAUUCAAAAUUCGAAAACGUCAAAUAGACGUAUACUUUCUUGUUGUA